AUGCCGCCGCCUGCGCCGCCCACCGUGCUGGUGCCGUCGGAGCGCGCAGUGGUGCUGCUGUCGUGCGCGCUCUCCGCGCUCGGCUCGGGCCUGCUGGUGGCCACGCACGCACUGUGGCCGGACCUGCGCAGCCGCGCGCGGCGCCUGCUGCUCUUCCUGUCGCUGGCGGACCUCCUGUCGGCCGCCUCCUACUUCUACGGGGUGCUGCGGGACUUCGCGGGCCCGUCGUGGGACUGCGUGCUGCAGGGCGCGCUCUCCACCUUCGCCAACACCAGCUCCUUCUUCUGGACCGUGGCCGUCGCACUCUACCUGUAUCUGAGCAUCGUGCACGGCGCGCACGCGCCCCGGCCCGACCGCCUGCUCUGGGCCUUCCACGUCGUCAGCUGGGGGGUCCCGCUGGCCAUCACCGUAGCGGCCGUCACUCUGAAGAAGAUCGGCUACGACGCCUCCGACGUGUCCGUGGGCUGGUGCUGGAUCGACCUGGAGGCUGAGGACCACGUGCUGUGGAUGCUGCUGACGGGGAAGCUGUGGGAGAUACUGGCCUACGUCACGCUGCCCGUGCUGUACCUCCUGGUCAGGAAGCACAUCAACAGAGCGCGCGCCGCCCUCUCCGAGUACCGGCCCAUCCUGUGCGAGGCCCACCAGCUGCAGCGCCGCACCGCCUCCGUGGCCGACACCAAGCUGGUGCUCAUCCCGCUCAUCUUCAUCUGCCUGCGGAUCUGGAGCACCGUGCGCUUCGUGCUGACCCUGUGCGGCUCCCCGGCCGUGCGCCUGCCGGUGCUGGUCGUUCUGCACGGGAUCGGGAACACCUUCCAGGGAGGCGCCAACUGCAUCAUGUUCGUGCUGUGCACCCGCGCCAUCCGCACGCGGCUCUUCUCGCUCUGCUGCUGCUGCUGUCCCCAGCCGACGGCCGAGACCCCAGCCAGCACUCCCGGGGCUCCCGCACUCUCCAAGACUGGAGACCCCCAGCCACCCAGACGGACCGCGGGGGAACUCCCCAGCACCUGAGCUUGUGCCCUUGCUGGUCUGUGCACAGAUGCCGCCUCUCCGGGGACCGCGGUUCUGCGCGCCUCGGCCCGCUGCAGGAAGCGGGGGCAGCUGCCUGCUGCGCCCAGAGCCCCCACCGGUGAGACUCGCGCCCCCUGGCGGCGGGACACUGCCAGCUCAGCUUCUACCUCCAGACCUCAGUCGGCGUGUCCCACCCACACCUGGCUCCCCGCGUGAAGCCGGCGUGGGAUUCAGGGCAGCCGAUGGAAUGUGACCCCCGGCAGGCAUGUGGGCCCGCGGGCCUGGGGGUCCUGAGGCCCCACGGCCGCUGUUUACAAAGUGGGAGAGCCGCACCCGUGCCCCCAUCCUGAGGACACCCUCACUGAAACUCCACCGACCCUGCACAGCCCCCGGGGUAGCAGGGGAGCCGGUCACAGGCUGCAGAUUGUGCAGUGAGCGCCAGCCCAGCACAGCCCAGCACAGCUGCCCGCCGCAGUGUCUCAGGGCCUCCUGGACUCCCGGCAUGUGAGUGACCAGCCCCGGAAGUAGACUGUGUUUGGACCCCAGCUCAGGCCAGAACCGACUCCUGCCUCCGCCAGGCACUGUCACUCACGAUACAGCCUCCCUCCUGAGGGCAGGGGCUGGGCCCGGGGGCAGGAAGAGGAAUCUCAGGGAAGCCGUGGGGACGCCCACCCCGACCCUCCCUCUCUCCCCAGGUCUGCCUGUUUUGAGGAAGACUAAACUGGGGUGAGUGGGGAGGGGAUCUGCCUUAAUGCACCUGCUAGUUUAUGUGGGGGGGGGGGGACAGGGGAGCAGAGAGGCAGUGAGUGACCCACACACGGGCUCCUCUCUGAAGGUGAAGGUGUUAGGAUUUAGCGUCUUUGGUGGCGACAGGGAUCCUGGGGUAAUUAUUUACAUUUAUAACAAGGAUUCAAAUGAGGCAUCCUUAUAUUCUCUCUGGCUCUUCCACCUAACACUCUCCUCUUAUCUCAGAAGAGAAUUUCUCUGUUAAGUCUAGAGGCUGUGGGCUCAGAAGGGAGCCCUCGGGAGGCUGGGCACGGGCAGGUGCAUCCGACAGCUGGUGACUCCCCUGGGACAGCACCUGAGCCGCACAACGGAAGUGACUUCCCGAGCCUCAUCCAAAGCUUCUGGAUUAAAGACAGAAUCAGGCCAUGCUCUCAAUUCCUGUUGUACUCUCAAGAAUAAAAUCUAUAUGAGGAAAAGGAAUAGUUAUUUAUUUUUUAACUUAAUCACUUUAUUUGAAAGGCAGAAUGACAGAGAGAUCGCCCAUCUACUGGUUCAUGGCCAGAUGCUUGCAGAAGCUGGGGCUGGGCCAAGACCCAGGAACUCCAUCCGGGUCUCCCAUGUGGGUGACAGGGGCCCAAGUAUGUGGGCCACAACCCGCCACCUCCCAGGCGUAUCAGCAGGGAGCACUCAUGUGGGGGGGGGGGUGUCCCCGGAGCGGCUUACCCCGCUGCACCACCAGGAACAGUGACGUAGAGGACUGAGUCCAGGACACUUGGGUGUGGUUUCCUUUGGAAACAGAUUUCUUUCUGGAAGCCAGCAGGUGGCGAACGUCCCCUUGGGACUCAAAGAAUGCUCUGGGCUGUUCGGCUGUGGGGCCGUCUACUCACAGCAGCAGGCGUGGGUCUCUGUGCCGGCAACUUCCCGGUCACAGAACAGGGGGAAACCUUCAGUGGCGCUUCUAGAAUGGCGCAUUCAGGAGUUUGCCUUGAAAGAAGAUGAUCCCGGGGGGGGGGGUGGUGUUGUGGCCCUGCAGGUUAAGCUACUGCUUGGGGUGCCUGCAUCCCGAGUUUGAGUCCUGGCCGCUCUGCUUCCGAUCUAGCUCCCUGGGAAGCAACAGAGGAUGGCUCAAGUGCUAGGGCCCCUCCACCCACAUGGGAGAUCCUGGCUGUUGCAGGCAUUUGGGGAGUGAACCAGCAGAUGGAAGAUUCUCUCUUUCUCUCUCCUUUGCCUUUCAAAUAGAUGAAAAUUAAAAAAAAAAAAAUCGGAUUCUAACGCAGGUGUUAGACUAGCCAUGCCCAGCAGGGGGCGCCUGCACAUGCAGCGGUGUGGCUGGAGGCGGAGGCCGGUUUCCCUUUGGUUUGCCGUCUUGGGUGCUCAGAGAACACCAGCUCCAGGUGCCCCAGGCUCAAAUUCUCUCUGCUGGUGUGCUGCCCUGGCCGAAAACCUCAAAAAAGCCACAGCUGGAGUGUUCCCGGCUUCCGCCGCUGCCCAGCCUAUGGGCUCCCCUGCAGGGUGGCGAGCCUGUUGGGGGUGGGGGGAGGAUUGUCCUAGUGCCUUAGGCUGGGCCUGCAGCCCGCCCACCUCACAGGCAGUGACGCUGCCGCUUGUCUCGGGGUGGCCGAGAGGGCGGGAGAGAGGUCAUGUGGAGGCCCAGUCUCCAGGCGGGCAGAGGCUGGGCUCCCUGGGUGGUGCUCGGCCCCGGUGGCUCCCAUUAGUGUCAUUGGCUGCAUCCCUCGCCCGGCAGGUGCUCCCCAGCCCUGACCCCUCUCGGCCCCAGGGCUCUCUGCUCUGCACAGUCUGAACCCCGGUCUCAGAUCAGGCCCACCAGCCACUCUGCCUCCUCCUACUUCCGAGGGUUUUGAAAAAUUCGCUUCAACCGUUUUGUGUUUAUAAAUAAAGAUCCUCUGGUCCAGGCUGAAGGUGCAGACAGCUCCCUGUAUGUCCCCAGGAAAACCUGUGUGUUUACAAACCUGUUGCCAUGGUUUCUGUGCCUGCAGGUCUGUGGGGGAAACCCUGGCUGUCCGUCCAGUGUGGGCUGCACAGGCGCCGAUGUUAAAUUAAAUUAAAUUAUUUUUCUUCCA